AUGAGUUCAUCAACUAGUGCUGAAUCAUCCGCUGUUGCUGAUGUUGCUAAGAUUGAAUCUAUGAGCGCAGCUGAAAGAUUGGAACAAAGAAAGAAGAGAUUUGCUAAUGCCGCAGCCACAACUGGUGAAUCAACAACAACUAGUGAAGCCACCACAAGUGAAUUAACUGAAGAAGAAAAGAUCAAGAAACGUAAAGAAAGAUUUGCUUCUUCCGAUUUGGAAAGAAUGACCAAUCAAGCCCUAGGAACUGAAGGAGUUGAAAAGAAGAAGAAAGGUAGAGGAAUUCAUAAACAAAACAAGACUGGAGGUCGUGGAGGUAAAUCAAAUCGUGGAAGAGGUGGAAAGAGAGGUGGUCGUGGUCGUGGAGGUAAAAAGAACUAA